ACCUUUGUUGUUGUUCUUCUUCUAGAGAGAGAGAGAGAGAGUGAAUCUUGGAGAGAUAAGCGCCUGCUCCUUCGGCAUUUCCGUCAGACAAAGUUAACAUCUUGAGCUGGAUUUCUAGGCCAACGCUACUAUUAAUGAAUUGGGUCAUUCAUGUUGCUCAUGUUCUCACCAUUCCCUGAUUUGCUUUUUUGCUUUUUAGAAUGAAGAUGAACGCUGGUGUUCAGCUCAACCAUUUGCUAUAAAAAAAGAAGAUUAUGUGAACUUGAUUGAAUUUGAAUUCUGGGUCUUGAAACUUGUGGAAAAGUUAAGUAUUGUUUGUAAGUUGUAGUGUGAAAUUUAGCUUCAUACUCUCAGCUGAAGCACAAUGGGUGAUAAUGAAGAUGUGAAUAAUGACAUGAUGCAGAGGCUUCACUCUUCAUCUUUUGGAGCUUCUUCAUCUUCGUUUCUGAAACAGUCUAUAAACAUGGACCAACUCAGCAUACCCCAAUUUAAUCCCUCACAAAUGCGCGCUAGGCAUCAACAACAUCAGCAUCAUUUUCAGCAGAGUUUCGGUGUUGGAGAUGGUAACAAAAGAGUAGGAAUACCACCUUCGCACCCUCAUCAGAUCCCACCCAUUUCACCUUAUUCUCAGAUCCGACCCCAAAUGAGUUCACAGAAUGUUUCACCUACACCUACACAUUCGCGAUCACUGUCACAACCGUCCUUUUUCUCACUUGAUUCUCUUCCCCCUUUGAGCCCUUCUCCUUUUCGGGACUCAUCUUCAACUUCAAUGUCAGACCCUGUUUCUGCUGAUGUAUCAAUGGAAGAUCGUGAUGUGAGUUCACAUUCUUUGUUGCCGCCAUCAUCGCCUUUCACUAGGGGUGGCAACAACCCUUCUCGGGUUGGAGAGAGUUUACCUCCUCGCAAAGCGCAUAGGCGCUCUAACAGUGAUAUCCCAUUUGGAUUUUCUACUGUGUUGCAAUCUUCUCCACCCCUUAUUCCUCUCAGGGGUUCAGUAAACCCGGGUGUGGCAAAACCUGCACAGUUGGUCAAAAAGGAAACAACUUGGGAUAGGAGCGUUGACCAUAAUGCAGAGGGAUCCGGUGAGAAGAAAUCCCCUGAGGGGGAAGUUGUGGAUGAUCUCUUCUCUGCUUACAUGAAUUUGGAUAACAUUGAUGCAUUGAACUCUUCGGGGACAGAUGACAAAAACGGUGCUGAAAAUCGUGAUGAUUUGGACAGUAGAGCUAGUGGAACAAAGACUAAUGGAGGUGAUAGCAGUGACAAUGAAGCAGAAAGCAGUGUAAACGAGAGUGGGGAUAGUAUGCAAAGGCAAGGAUUGGUUUCUUCGGUUGAGAAGAGGGAAGGGUUGAAGAGGAGUUUGGGAGGUGAUAUUGCACCAACCAGCAGGCACUAUAGGAGUCUUUCAAUGGAUAGUUUUGUUGGGAAGUUGAACUUUAAUGAUGACUCACCUAAGCUACCACCUUCACCUGGUCCUGGUCCUGGAAUGAUUUCACCUGGCAAUGCAAUUGAUGGAAAUUCAGCUGCUUUCAGCUUGGAGUUUGGAAAUGGUGAAUUUAGUGGACCUGAACUGAAGAAAAUUAUGGCCAAUGAAAAGCUUGCUGAGAUUGCUUUGUCAGAUCCAAAGCGUGCUAAGAGGAUUUUGGCAAAUCGGCAAUCAGCUGCACGUUCCAAAGAACGGAAGAUGCGUUACAUUUCAGAACUAGAACAUAAGGUUCAGACUCUACAGACAGAAGCCACCACACUAUCUGCACAGCUUACUCUAUUACAGAGAGAUUCUGUUGGACUCACUAACCAGAAUAGUGAGUUGAAGUUUCGCCUUCAAUCCAUGGAACAACAGGCAAAACUCCGAGAUGCUCUAAAUGAGGCGCUUACUGCUGAGGUUCAAAGACUAAAGCUUGCUACAGCUGAGCUGAAUGGCGAGUCACACCCUUCUGGCUGCUUGAUUCCACAACAUUCUGUCAACCCUAUGAUGUUCCAGCACCAGCAGCAGCCUCCUACUGCAUCCCAACAAAACAUUCAUCUUCAGCAACAUCAGCAUCAGCAUCAGCAUCAGGCACAACAGCAGAAUGGUAAUGCCAACUCCAAGACCGACAUAAAACAAUAAGUUGGGAAGGAGGUCCUGCAGCUGGAUGGUUCCUUAUAUAUUCACUGCUGUUUCAUUGCAUGCAGCUUCGCAUAUUUACAAAAGUUUUCCUUUGUUGUUAUGAUCCUAAGUUUGAUUGGCAUUGCCUGUCUAGCUCGGACAGAAAGUCCAUAUACAAAUCCUAAUUCCUGUCUUAUAUUUAAAUUAUACCUCCUAUUUAAUUUCAGUGUAUAUCUUAAAUUGUAAGCAUUAUUUGGAUAUGAUUUGU